AAGUUUUCCUAUACCUUAGUCACACUCUAGAUAACAAUCUCUCAAAGCUAAAGCAUGUUGUUGAAAAUCUAUUUGUUAAAGACCACACAAGAGAAUAACUUAAGCAAUUGAAAUUCUCUGCAAUCAUCAAUUAUUCAACUCAUUUAUUAGUAGUCUAAAAGUCAUACAUCAACCCAGAAAACAGUUCCAAGUAAAACUCCUUCAGUCAACUACUAAUUCAUAAACUAAUUUGUGUUUGUUAUUUAAUAUUGUUACCAGAAAACAAGAAGAUGUAAGAGAUUUAUCAGCUAGAAAAACACAACCUCAGAAAUUGAAAACAAACAGUACAGAAAUAUGUCAGCAGAAAACAUAGCUCUUCAUCAUCGGGAGUUGAGCUUGAACAGUGAUCGUUUUCUGUAUCCACCUCCAGACGACCCAAAAUCACCAUUGCACGAUUCUCAGACUUCAGAAGAAGAGCUUGAUGUUCUUGGAGAUGAAUUUAAACAAUCAAAUGAAACAAUAAAACUGUACCAAGCCGCAUUGAUGGGUGACUGGGAAACUGUGAAUGCAAUUUACAGAGAAGAUAAUGGAUGGAUUAGCACAAGGAUUACAAAAGGAGGGGAAACAGUUCUUCACAUAGCAGCAGCAGCUAAACAUAUUAAUUUAGUUAAAGAAGUGGUUAAUGUUAUGGAUGAUGAAUCUCUGACUUUGGUAAACAGAGUUGGAAAUACUGCACUUUGCUUUGCUGCAGUUUCUGGGGUUGUCGAGAUAGCAAGAGUAAUGGUGGAUAAAUGCAGAACAUUGCCAAAUAUUAGAGGUAGUCAAGGAAUGAUCCCCCUUCUUAUGGCUGUUUUAUUGGGUCAUCAGGAUAUGGUAUGGUACCUUAUGUCUGUCACUGACUAUAAUUUAUUGACGGUUGAAGAUGGCAUUGAGCUACUCACCGGUGCGAUUGAUACUGAUUUAUUUGAAGUAGCAUUGCAUAUUCUACGGUGCAAUAAAAAUUUGGCUGUUUUUCGGGGUAGAAAGAAGGAGACGGCAUUGCAUGCAUUGGCCCGAAAGCCUCCGAAAAACGAUAGAUAUGAGCUAAGCAUGUGGCAAAGGUUUAAAAUGCAAGGUUGUAGCAUAAAUCACGUGGAGCAUCAAGUAGCGUUGGAACUAACAGAAACACUAUGGGGCGAAAUCAUAAAAUUGAAGCACCAGGAAAUUUCAAAACUGAUUUGUUUCCCAUGGAGAUUAUUAUUUGUUGCAGCACAAUUAGGAAAAGUUGAAUUUCUGAUGGUGCUCAUCAAAUCUUACCCUGAUAUACUUUGGAAAGUAGAUGAAAAUCGAUACAGCAUUUUUCACAUUGCUGUAAUUCAUCGUCAUGAAGAAAUCUUUAAGCUAAUAUAUGAAAUAGGAGCGAUCAAGGAUUUAAUAGCUACUUACAAAGAUGGUCGUGGAAAUAACAUGCUCCAUUUGGCCAGCAAGUUGGCCUCUCCUAGUCGACUUAAUUCUAUAUCAGGAGCUGCUUUACAGAUGCAACGCGAGUUACUCUGGUUCGAGACGGUCAAAAAGAUAGUGAGGCCAGAGUACGCUGAAGCUCAAAACAAAGACAAUAAAACCCCUCAAGCUUUAUUCACAGAGGAACACGAAGGACUAAGAGUAAAAGGGGAACAAUGGAUGAAAAAGACAUCCGAAUCAUGCGCUCUAGUAGCAACUCUAAUCGCUACAGUCGUUUUCUCCGCAGCUUUUCAACUUCCAGGAGGUCUCAACGACAAUGGAAGUCCCGUCUUAGUAAACAAACCAUCAUUUAUGGUUUUCGCCAUGGCAAAUGCAAUAUCAUUGUUCUCCUCAACCGCUUCAAUCUUAAUGUUCCUGUCAAUCUUAACUUCACGCUAUUCUGAGCGAGAUUUUCUUAUGUCUUAACCUUUAAAGCUUAUGAGGGGAGUAAUCUUGCUUCUUAUUUCAAUAACAACCAUGAUUUUAGCCUUUACUGCUACAUUUUUCAUAACAUUUCAACAGGGUAAGGGUGCAAAAUGGGCUCCAAUUCCUGUUGCUUUUAUUGCAUCUUUACCUGUUAUGCUCUUUGCUUGCCAACAAUUUCCCCUCUUGGUUGAUAUUUAUUAUGCAACUUAUCAUUCUCAGUCUAUUUUCCAACCUUAUAAACCAAAAUUGUUUAAACUUUCACCUCAACCUAGCACGAUUUCUUCUCAUGGGCGGAACGUUGAUUCGAGUACUUCCCGGAGGAUUGAUAUUCCGUUUACGAUUUUGAUUCCAGAAGCUUCUAAAGUAUGGAAGUAUACAAGGAACUCUUUCUCUUGGCAUAGAGCAGCUUCAUUCAUUGUAAACCCUGAAGCAUCCGGUCCACCUUCAUUUAACUCUUGGCAGUUAGGACAACAAAGUGAUGGCUUGUGACUUUUGAAUUUGUGUUUCUAUUUUUAUUUUACGGAAAUUCCACUUGGUAGCAUCGAACUUUUAUGAAACGCCGGUGGUAGCACUUUUGUAAGAUUUUUCCACAUGGUAGCAUCUAAUUUAUGUCUUAUCUAACUGUCGUAGCAUUUUCCGUUAAAUUCAUUUAAAUUUCCGUUUAAUUCACUA